AUGAGUCGUUUAGGUAGUUCAAGAUUUGCUAGAGUUGAAGCUGAUCGUCAAGAAUCAGGGCUUUCUGCAAUCAGUGGAAAUGGUACAAGAAACCGCAGACACAAUGUUGAUGAGACUAAUAAAAUACCAGAAGAAAGUUUCAAGAAGGCUGCUACAAAGAAGAUGGGAAAAUCCUUGAGAGCAAAAGUACUGAGCAGAGUAUUUUCAGAGGACUAUGAAAGGACAAAGAACAAAAUACUGGACCCUAAUGGACAAACCCUUCACCAAUGGAAUAAGAUUUUCUUAACUGCAUGUUUGGUUUCCCUUUUUGUUGACCCUCUUUUCCUUUAUUUGCCAAUAAUGAGGGAAGAGUUUUGCAUAGACUAUGCAGUCACCCUCAGAACUGUCCUUACUGUCAUAAGAUCAUUGCUUGAUGUCUUUUAUGUGAUCCAAAUAUUUGUUAGAUUCCAUACAGCUUAUGUAGCACCUUCUUCUCAAGUUCUUGGGAGAGGAGAGCUCGUCAUUGACUCUUCAAAGAUUGCUUUGAGAUACCUUCGCAAGGGCUUUUGGAUAGACCUUAUCACUUCAUUGCCAGUUCCCCAAGUGUUAGUUUGGGCAGUGAUCCCUCAUAUUAAUGGCUGGGGAGUGUUUCAUUCUAUGAAUGUUCUUUGGUUCAUCAGCAUCAUUCAGUUCCUCCCAAGGCUUUAUCUUAUACUUCCACUUUCGUCACAACUGGUUGAGGAAACAGGCGUUGUUACAAAAACAGCACUGACGGCAGCUGUUUAUAACUACUUGAUUUUCCUCUUGGCAGCCAAUGCUUUUGGAGCUUGCUGGUACAUUCUAUCUACAGAGAGACAAGAAGACUGCUGGCACUGGGUCUGCAAUAUUGAGAUGCAAAAUUGUCCAAAUGAAUUCUUUGAUUGCCGGAAAGCUGGAGACCCUGCCAGGGUUGACUGGUUCCAGUCAAGCAACAUCACAUAUAAUUGUAAUCCACUGAAGAACCUAUUUCCAUUUGGUAUAAUGGGAUGGGCAGUCACAAACAAUGUUCAAGGAUCAAGUUUCUUGCGGAAGUACUUUUAUUGUUUGUGGUGGGGUUUACAGAACAUGAGUACUCUAGGGCAAAGUUUCACUACAAGCACUUACGUUGGAGAAAAUGUUUUUGCUGUUAUCAUCACCACAACUGGGCUUGUAUUCCUUGCAUUGCUUAUUGGAAACGUGCAAAGAUACCUUCAGUCUACAACUAAAAGGCUAGAAGUGUGGAAGAUACAAAGAAGUGAUACAGAACAAUGGAUGCAUCACAGGCACCUACCUCCAGGUCUAAGGCAGUCUGUUCGAAAAUAUGAUCAAUACAAGUGGUUGAAUGCUAAAGGGGUUGAUGAAGAAGAUCUUAUUAAAAGCCUUCCUGUGGAUCUCCAAAAAAAGGUUAAACGACACCUAUGCUUUGAUCUACUUCGAAAAGUUCCAUUGAUUGAUGAAAUGGAUGAAAAUAUGCUAGAUGCCAUAUGUGAGAGGCUUAAACCUGCAUUGUGUGCAAAAGGCAUGUUCCUCGUGAAGGAAGGUGACCCUGUCAACCAAAUGCUCUUCAUAAUUCGAGGCCACCUCGACUCUUACAGUACAGACAUUACGAGAACUAGAUUCUUUAACUUGUGCAGAAUUUGUCCAGGUGACUUUUGUGGUGAGGAGUUGCUGACAUGGGCCUUGGAUCCACGUCCAGGCAUUAAGCUUCCAUUGUGCUCGCGCACGGUCAAGGCCAUUAAUGAAGUAGAGGCAUUUACUCUAAGAGCAGAAGACUUGAAAUUUGUAGCAUCACAGUUUAGAAAGCUACAUAGCAAAGAGCUUAGGCACAAAUUCAGGUUCUAUUCUCACCAAUGGAGGAUAUGGGCAGCUUGUACUAUACAAGCAGCUUGGCGCCGGCAUAAAACAUUAAAGGAAAUACCCAAUUCCAGUGAGCCUGGAAUGCCUCGACCAGGUUCAUUCUGGUCUGACUAUGCUGAGAGUCUAGUGGCUAGUACUAGAUGGAGGAACAAAUAUAAGCAAUCCGAGACUGAAACAGAUCAAGUCACUGUGAAUUCAAUAGAGAAGCCAGAAGAGCCUGAUUUUUCUGAGGAGGAAUGA